AUGCCAGUUCGACAGAAGUAUCCACCGGUGGGGUGUAACAUGAAUGAUACUGGAUACCCGUUUAGAGGCGACUACAAGCUUCAACCAGCACUUAAUCAUGGCCAUGCCGGCGCCAUUCGAAAAGAGAAUACGACACUGAUGCUCCGCAUCACAGGCUCCAAUCUUGCCAUAGAAAAACUACAACCAAGCAAAGGGCAAAAGUUGCAGUGCGAAUUGAGUAUAGAUGACGGUAUUCCAAAGUCGAUCAACUUCCCCUCGGGAUGCGGCGUGGUGCCAGUCCCGGCGGAUGGCCAUGAGUACAACCUCACCGCUAUCGUGCACGGUGCAGGAGUGAAGCACUACUGCAAGAUGUCACUUAACGGAACGGAAGGAAAAGGUAUUUUCCGACUACGUGCCCCAUCGGACUCAUUUGCUGCGGAAAAUAUUAGGCUUUGUGCCGAUGGUGAUGUGAUUUAUCCAUCUGGGGGGUGGUAUGCAAUUCCGAUUCAGGCGAAGGAAUGUUCUCUUGAGUUUGUCGGUAGGCAGGCAAGUAGACUGGUGCCGACCCAACCUUUAUUUCAUGCAGUGGCUGAAUCCUCAACAGUUAUGAUCCAGUGUACCGCUGGAACUACUGAUAACGCAGUAAUCUACUGCAGCGGAAGCGGAGAAUCCAUUAAUGUUGUACAGGACCGUCCAGUUCGACUUUCCCUGGCAAGUGGACCGUUCACUUUGCUCCUCCCGCGGACAACUCCAGGAGCGGCGCAAGUACGACCAUCUCACGUGCCCAACACCCCCUUGCAGCCGCCACCAUCUGAUUCUUCGGUGCAUCGCGUACCAGAGGUGGAAACCUCAACAAUUGAUUCCCCGGAAGGGCCCAAUACUCCACCAAUUUUUGUUACCACAGCAGAUGGGUUCAUGAUUGAAUUAACUGGUGACAAUGGCACCUCAGCUGCCGGAUACGGAAGAGUUCAACUUCCCCUUCCCGACAGGAUGACUCACCGCGUGCAGAUUAAGGUUAGUGACAUGACCGGUCGGAUCUACUUGCGGCAGACUGCUGUGGUACCAUCAACACAACCACCUCCACUAACGUUUAGCAUUACAAAAGAUGCCGCAGGAGCCCAUAUGGUUAAGGGAAGCACGUUAUCUCAGAUAAGCGUUGAUAAUCAACCUGUUGUUAGCGGUGCUGUUGGUGCCUCCAUUACGGAUAAUGCACGUCAUGUUGUAACAGUGAGGGAAGGAUCAGCUUCUGCGGUGUUCGAGGUUGUAGCACAACCAAGCGCUGCUGCUGGCCCCGUUGCAGUGCGACAGGAACCCCAACCGGCGGUUCCUUCCGGUGGGACACUCCUGAACAGUGAAACCUGGGUUAACGAACUUGCUAAGGCUUUGCAGUGCACAGACAUCAAUGAUUGUCGUCAAGGGGUGCAAAACAUUAUACCAAGGAGCCCGGAGGCCACAGUGAUUUUAGGGUUUGUGUCUCAGAACCUCUUCAAAGUGGUUCCUACAAUUUCCUUUUCGAGGGAAGGUGACAGCGUAUCUGAUAUUCAGUGCCCUGGACAUACCAUAACUGCGUCCAUAAACAAUGGUGCGCCGUGUACUUUGAGUGGUGUGGCGAGUAUUCAAGUCCCUUCUGGUCAUAAGGUUACCCUUUCUGCCCUUUCUCCCUCCACAGGUCGCGUUGUUGCCUCGUGUUGUGCACAUUACCCGCCAGCGACUCAAAAGAACCUUGACGAGCACCUGGUUGCUCGUUUACUGGAGCUGUUCCAGCGAUGUAGCCUUAAUCCUGAAGCUGUUCUUGCAGAACUACAAAACAUAACGCAACCCCAGUCAGCGGUCGGUCAACAACUUGUUUCGUACUUAAUUGGAUGCUUCCGUCGGUUGCUCGAGUGUUUCCAGCGUCCCAUUAAUUUGUUUGCUGGGGACACUCUUCCGAAUGUGCAACUCCUUGCGUAUGUGGAUGACCAGAUCCCGAAAGAACUAACGGUUGCAUCUCCGGUUACAGUGUCAUGCGCAAACACCAACGUCCGUGUUUCUGCUCGUGAACCACCUGCGGCGGCACUCGCAACUCGGGGUGGGGUUAUUCACAAAUUGGUUGAGGCGUAUCGUGAGAACGCACCAACAGAACUUAUGGCUCAGUUGAUGGUGAUUUCCCCCACUGAUCCUGAUGAACGUGCAUUGGUUGAUUUGCUCAGCCGCGUGCUGAAGGACUACGAGGCCAAACUUAAGCGGGAACGGGACAAUGUGAUCAGCUCGACCGCCGCAGAUUAUUUACAGUUUUCGUGUGACGGUGUAACCAUGGAAAACAUUCGCACAAGUAAUCCCUGUCAGUUGAGUUUCGAGGUGGAUGGAACGGGUUUCGUCGCCCUAGAGCAGGGAGGACAGAUACCACAAGGUUAUUCAUUCCCAGCAGGUUCAACUCAUUGUGUGCAUGUUAUUGCCCGUGAUACGGCAAGUGGGGCGCUGCGCGCGGAGGCGUACAUCACUUUGAAGGGAACGAAAUGUGGACCAUCCACUAUGUCUGCGCCCCAGAACGAAGCACUGUUCCUUGAUGCGAGUGUGAUGGUGGUAAUGGAAGAAAUACAUCUAAGGUUGUUGUGCCCACCAACGCUCUCACUUAAAUGUGAGGUGGAUGGCGGUGGCGACGUUGUCGGCACCAAGAGCUCUGAGUUUAUGGCAAGGAUGAACGCCUCAUCUAUGCAUAACGUUAAUGUGCACCUUAUCGACGAGGUCGGGAAUGUCGUCUUCCGGCAGAGACUCGCAGUCCCUCCAAUAGCAAUGGUACAGUGGGCUCUACGCCUCGAUAGCAAUUCGCUUUACGUCGACUCCACCACCGCCUCGUGCACUUCAUUCCUCACAUCUUCACUUAACAGGUGUCCCGAAAAGGAACUGAAUGGUCCGCUGCAACUGGAUUGCAGUGGGCCACAAACCGUCGUUUUGCGGAAAUACACACUUGGGGCGGUCCAAGGAAGGACAUGCGUGGGUGAAAUGUAUAUGAUGAUUCCACCAUUUGUCGACGCUACGCACCUGAAGGAUUUGGCGCAGAUAUAUCGAGAGGCAUCUCAACUUCAAAGUGACGAACUACAAAGGCGCCUGAAUGAGGUCCGCGCUCAAGUUCCAAUGGGCCUAAUGAAAGACCUCAUCACUGUUUUGAUGGAAAAUACAGCAGGUGCCUUCAACGCGAGUAUUCGAAGUGUAGGUCCUGACCGCGGCCCCCGUGUUCACUUCAGGAUAAGUGGCGAUGAGACAAAGUUACUUAGUGAUUGA